CAAGUUGUACACUAGCCUGAGUUGUUUACACGACCCUUCAUAAUUCGAUGGUAAAGUGAUUACAUUACUUGCAUUAUAAUCAUGGAAUGGUUAUUUGGAAAACGAGUUACUCCUGAGGAGAUGCUCAGGAAAAACCAGAGAGCUUUAAACAAAGCUAUGCGUGAUCUAGAUAGAGAGAGGAUGAGAAUGGAACAGCAAGAGAAAAAAAUUAUUGUAGACAUAAAGAAACUUGCCAAAGAUGGGCAAAUGGAUGCAGUGAAGAUUAUGGCUAAAGACCUUGUAAGGACUAGACGUUAUGUGAAGAAGUUUAUGUUAAUGAAAGCUAAUAUACAAGCAGUUUCAUUGAAGAUUCAAACACUACGUUCACAAAAUACAAUGGCACAAGCAAUGAAAGGAGUUACAAGAGCAAUGCAAAAUAUGAACAAACAAUUAAAUCUUCCCCAAAUACAAAGAAUAUUGCAAGAGUUUGAAAAACAGUCGGAGAUUAUGGAUAUGAAGGAAGAAAUUAUGAAUGAUGCCAUUGAUGAUGCAAUGGAAGAUGAGGGUGAUGAAGAAGAAAGUGAUACUAUUGUAUCACAAGUUUUGGAUGAAUUGGGUCUGCAACUGACAGAUCAGUUGCCUGGCCUGCCACAGGCAUCUGGUUCACUAAGUGUAGCUGGUUCAAAGCAACCAGUUGCAGCUGCUGCAGGAAAUGAUGACGGUGGAAAUCUCGCAGAUGCGGAUGCUGAUCUACAUGCUAGACUUGAAAAUUUGCGACGCGAAUAA